AGUUCAUUUUUAGACAACGAAGCGAACGUUACGUUGAAAACAACGGCAAGAUCCGUACAAAAUGUGUGCGAAAAUUGAAAUAUUGAAUUUAAAAUAGAAAAAAAAUAUAUGUGUAAAUGAAAUGUGUAUUAACGCAAGCUACUAUAUUUAGAAUUAUGUGAAAAAAUAUUUGUAAGAAUGGAGAGGAUUCAAAGAGGUAUAUACACAAAUUUUGGGGGCUAUUUAUAAAUAGAAUUCGGAAGUGUGGUCAAAAAAUAUUUGUUUAAAGAAAGUGAAAGAAUAGAAAAAAAACAAAAGCGGAACAUUAUAUGGAUGAAUAGACGAUAAAUAGAAAGCGAAAGGAAAACACGAAACGAAACAAAAUUAAGAGCAAACAGUAUUCAAGAGACUGAAUAAAAAUUUAAUUAUUUUCUCUUUCGAAAUAUUGAAGUAAAAAAAAAAACAAAUAAAAAAUGGAAGCUGAUCAUCAAGAAAUAUCCAACGCUUCUCAUAUACGAAGACGUCGCCGUGUUGGACGUUCUAUGCGUGAAAAAACUCCUGAUCCUAGUGCUAGACGUAUGUCAUCUACCGAAGAUGAUAGCAGCAUAGUAGGUACUGGCACAACAGUUUCUGAGGGUGCUCAAGUUGUCAGUAUGCAAAUAAGGCCUCCCCGUUCCACUAUGUCAGCUCACGAGAGUAAAAUUCUAAGAAGAAGAGAUAAGACUUUUGCUACCGCUGCCACCCGUUCACUCUCUCAGCCCAGAGAAGCUGAGCGUUUGUCGGAACCCGAAGCUACUGAACUGAUUAAAACUGUCAAACGUAGUCUCUCUAUGCCGCGCAACAAAGAAGUGGCCGAAUCUAGUGAGGGGGAAUUGCAGGCCAGGGGUAGAACCCUAUCGCCUGAAACUAGAUUGGUAUCAGCACCCAUACAAUCGACAGCCGAUGAAAAUCUUUCACGUUUGGAACAGAAUUUAAAACGAUUUGAAAAUGAACGCAAACGAUUCGAAAGCGAAAAGAAAUUAUUUGAAAGAGAGAAACGAGAACAUAAAUUGCGAUACAAGCAAAUGCUGGACAAUGAAGAGAGAAAACGUUUGCUACAGUCUUAUCGCAAACUAAGUGAUCGUAUCAAACUACCUCAAGGAGAAGAAGAGCGUAAACGUUUGAUACACAGUUUGAGAUUGGAAAGACAUGAGGGUAAUUUACCCACUUCCCGAUCUGCAGCGAAACGUAAUCGCCAUAGCGGCAACUUUGAAGAGUCUUCUACACAAUUUUCUUCUUCGGAUACCGAGACUGCUGAAGAAAUACAUGCUAGACAUUUAGCCAAACAAUUGUCUCCAGUGAGAAGACAUCAUAGUGCCAUGACCACGGCUAGUGUGAGAGGUCCACCACCCCAACCACCCGCUAGACGAUCAGCUAGUCGUAAUAACUCCCUGUCGCCUGUAAGACCACAAAGGCAAUCGGCUAGUCGUAACAAUUCCUUGUCACCUGUAAGACCACAAAGGCGUUCGAAAACUCCCGAACAAAGAGCAGAAAUUAUGAAAAAGCUCAAUGGUCUAGAAGAACAACAACAUCAAAAACAUGAUGAACAGCAAAGUCUACGACCUGAGACUACCACGACAGAAUUUGAAACGGAUAGAGAAACUCACUUGAGACAAAGGAAAGUGCACAGAAGUGAAUCAUUACAUCGACCAGAAACAAAACGCAAGCAAAGUUUGGAAACCUCACAAGAUAAAGUAGAUAGUUCUAUGCCAGUAGAAAUAACCAAAGAACUACAACCGGAAAUUAUAAUUUCCCCAGCUAAAGAUAAUGCAACCACUAUCACAGCCAAAGAACAAAAACCAACUUUCUUUCAAAAACUUGGACGAUUGUUUAGAAAAUCACCCAAACAUGAAACCAUAACAAAAGAACAAGAGGAUCUCUUGCCACCAACUGCUGGAACACAAAAUACGCCAGAAAUACCAGAUAAAAUAGUAUCCAAAGCUUUUCUUAAAGCUUUCAUACGUGAUGCUAGACAACAGUGGCGUAUCUAUAAAGCAGAACGUCCUCAUGAUAUUAAGGAGAUCAAAAGAAUGCGUAAUCGUUGUUUUGCUCAUACGGUAAUGUUGAUACUCCUUCUAGGCUUUGGUGGUCUAAUGUUUCGUUAUACAGAAGGAACUUCGGAAAAUAUCUACAAAUGUGAAGUUCGUAAAGUUAAAAGAGAUUUUAUAGAUCAUUUAUGGUCACAUAGCCAUAGUAUGAGAGAGGAGGACUGGAAAUCGUUGGCUCGCCAAAAACUGCGUAAAUUCGAAGAAGAAUUACAUACAAUGGGUGAAAUGGGUAUACGUUAUUUCCCCGGACAAAAGUCAUGGAAUUUUGUAAAUUGCAUUUUAUAUUGUUGGACUGUGAUAACUACCAUAGGUUAUGGCCACAUAACACCUAAAACACGAUUUGGCCAAUCGUUGACAAUUGCAUACGCCAUCAUUGGUAUACCCAUGUUCUUGAUAUUGUUAGCUGAUUUCGGUAAACUCUUCACCAGGGCCAUUAAAUUCAUUUGGGGUUAUGUGAGACGGCUCUACUAUACGGGCACUUGUCGCAGUAUACGUAAACAACAACAAGUACGCGAUGCCAUGACCGGAUUUUCUACUGUCUAUGAUAUGGCCAUACGUAGACCAAGUCAUUUCUUUGGCAUGGGAGCCGAUACUGAUGUUGAAUCACAGGCAUCUGAGGCCGGUAAAUCACAUCCCGAAACACCUACAUCACCCUAUCCGGAAACUAUAGUUGUGGAUGAUGAAUUCAAUUUACCCAUUUCAUUGGCUUCCAUAUUGCUUAUAACGUACAUUCUUUUGGGUACUUUUGUGUACACUUUAUGGGAAGAUUGGACUUAUUUCGAGGCCUUCUACUUUGUAUUUAUUUCAAUGUCCACUAUUGGUUUUGGUGAUUUGGUGCCAAAUCAUCCCAUUUUCAUGAUGUGCAGUAUAAUUUAUUUGGUAUUUGGUUUGGCUUUGACUUCUAUGUUCAUCAAUGUUGUGCAGAUUAAAUUGAGUGAUACAUUUAAGGAUGCCAGUGCCAAAAUAGGAGCCACUCUAGGUGUUGGCGCUAGUGAGUUGGGUGAUGAGGCUUCGCAAGCUAAAACUCCCUCCGAAUUGGCUUCGGUACAUGGUUCCCGUUUGGAUAAAAUAGCUGAAGAUGAAAAUGAAGAGCUAUCCUCUGCCUCGCCUCCCCUACAGUCCAUUCUAAGACCUAGCCGUCCAAAUUCACCAGCAAAUCAAGAAGAUCAGAGUAAUGGUGAGGUGGGACCUCCACCUUUACUGCCACGAAGACAAAUGUCUGUGGAACAGCCACCAGUAGUAGAGAAGAAGAAAAAGAGACGUUUCUUUAAGUAAACAAGACAUGAAAUAAAUCCAAUCAAAAUAAUUAAACUUAAGUAAGAGUAUGAUCGAAUGUGAAUUCGAUUACCCGCAAUCGUUCCAUUUUCGUCACUACUCAAAACCAAAAACAACUCAUUAGCAUUAUAUAGGCAUGUGGCAAAUUUAAUUUGCAAAAUAUGCAAUAUUCAUUAAAUGUCAAUUUAACCCUCUUCCAUUAGAGUCACAAGAAAGCAUCAUCAAGCAUAUCUUUGCAUCUCUCAUUCAUUGCACUUACAACCAGUGUCCUCAUAAAAUCUUCCAGUCUCUUAUUCAUUUCUUAAUAUUUAUAUCGAAAUGGAAGAUCGGCUUUUAUUUUAGAAACCUUUGCAUCACUGGUUUAAUACUUAAAAUAUUUAUAGUUUAUAAAACAUUUUUAGUUCGUCUUUUAGUUAUAGUUUUAUUUUUAUUUAUGCAAUAAAGACCAUUUAAAUUUUAAAUUCAUGAUUCAGUUAAUUAUGUUUUUUUUUAAAUCCCUAAACUGUAUAUGUGACCCGGUAAUUGGUCAGUUUUACUCAUACGAUUGUUGUUUCAUUUUACGUUUUAUUUAGUAUAUUUAAAUUAUUUUAAAUAAUUUAUUAAAUUUUUAAAUUUAAGCUUUUAUUUAUGAAAUUGUAAAUAAAUUGUUUUUUUCUAAAUAAAUUUAAAAGAAAUUGUU